GGGAAGGACCGGCCUCCCGCUCCCGCCGCUUCGGCCGGGGGCCAAGGGGGAGCCAUGAGGCCUCCGGACGGGGAGGAAGAAGCCUAGAGGAGGAGGAGGAGGAGGAGGACCCGGGCCAUCAGGGCCCACCAUGGCCAUCGCCCACCUGGCCACCGAGUACGUCUUCUCCGACUUCCUGCUGAAGGAGCCCCCGGAGAGCAAGUUCAAGGGGCUGCGACUGGAGCUGGCCGUCGACAAGAUGGUCACCUGCAUGGCGGUGGGGCUGCCCCUGCUGCUCAUCUCGCUGGCCUUCGCGCAGGAGAUCUCCAUCGGGACCCAGAUAAGCUGCUUCUCCCCGAGCACUUUCUCGUGGCGCCAGGGAGCAUUCGUGGACUCCUACUGCUGGGCCGCCGUCCAACAGAAGCAUUUUUCCCAGAGCGACUCGGGCAACCUUCCCCUCUGGCUGCACAAGUUCUUCCCAUACAUUCUGCUGCUGGUGGCCAUCCUGCUCUACCUGCCCAGCCUCUUCUGGCGCUUCACAGCGGCGCCUCACCUCUGCUCCGACAUGAAGUUCAUCAUGGAGGAGCUAGACAAGGUGUACAACCGGGCCAUCAAGGCGGCCAAGAGCUUCCGCGACAUCGACGUGCGCGACGCGGCCAGCUCCGUCCUGGCCCUGAACGACAACGGCGGCCAGAGUGUGUGGGAGAUACCUGAAAACCACUUCAAGUACCCAAUAGUGGAACAGUACUUGAAGACAAAGAAGCGGUCCAAAAACUUAAUCGUCAAGUAUCUCUUCUGCCGCGUGCUGACAUUCCUGAUCAUCCUGCUGGCGUGCGUCUACCUGGGCUAUUACAUCAGCCUGUCCUCGCUGUCCGACGAGUUCGUCUGCAGCAUCAAGUCGGGCAUCUUGAGAAAUGACAGCACCGUCCCCGAACAGUUCCAGUGCAAGCUGGUGGCCGUCGGCGUGUUCCGGCUGCUCAGCUUCCUGAACCUCGUCGUGUACGCGGCCCUGGCCCCCGUCGUGGUCUACACCCUGUUCGUCCCCUACCGCCAGAAGACCGACGUCCUCAAGGUCUACGAGAUCCUGCCCACCUUCGACGUCCUGCGCUUCAAGUCGGAGGAGUACGACGACCUGAGCCUCUACCACCUCUUCCUGGAAGAGAACAUCAGCGAGCUCAAGUCCUACAAGUGCCUCAAGGUGCUGGAGAACAUCAAGAGCAGCGGCCCGGGGGUCGACCCCAUGAUCCUGCUGACCAACCUGGGCACCAUCAAGACCGACGUCGUGGACGGGAGGGAGGGCAAGUCCGGGGAGGAGGCCGAGCCGGAGACCCCCGCCAACAGCCCCGGGGAACUCAAAGUUUUGACAGAUCGGGACCUGAGCAACGAGACAAAGGCGAAUAACGAAGAGGCCAAGAUCCGCCAACGCCUCCUCGAUUCUUCCUGAUGAUCUUUCCUCUGGCCUUCCGCUGCGGACCUUUUAACGAUGAGAGAGAGAGAAUUGUUUUCGCUAAUAAUAGGCCUCGAAGCAAAGGAACGGGGAGUCCCCCUUCCACCUUUGAGAGGUUGUUUAAUAACCGCGGGGGACGUCAGUGAGACCCUCUUAAUGAAGGCUCCACGGUGAGUUUCCCAUCCUAGAGAAAAAUGGUCGGUGACCAGAGCCUCGGACAAAAUGGUGAAAAUGAGGCGGCAGAGAGCACCGUGGCGGGG